AUGUCAUCGGUGCCUGUGAAGGGGGCCACAAGAGGCGGCGAAGGUGGUAGAAACAGGUGGUGUCCAACUCCGGAGCAGGUGAUGUUGUUAGAAAGAAUGUACAGAGGCGGUCUGAAAACUCCAUCGGCAACUCAGAUACAGCAAAUCACAGAAAGACUAUCAAUUUACGGCAAAAUUCAAGGCAAAAAUGUCUUCUACUGGUUUCAAAAUCACAAAGCUCGUGACCGACAAAAGCUUCGAAAGAAACUCAUGACGAUGUACCAACAGCAUCGCCUUUACCCUUCUCAUGAUCAACCCUCUCUUCCUUUUCAUCAGGUUGGUGGAGUUGAAGAUGAAUCAAGCUGUAUAACGUUAGUCAACAAUUGGACGAGGGAUCUCCCAUCUUCUCAAACCUGCAACCUCAUGUGCGAUUGCCCACUGGCCAUGAUGAUGAUGGAUCGGUAUGGUACCACUCCAUGUUGCACAAGAGUACCACCCAAAACCCUACAACUCUUCCCGGUCACCACCACCACGACUCCUGAUGUCAAAGAAGAUAAUCAGUUCAGCAAUCCCUAG